UCUUUUCCUUGUUAUCCCGACAUUUGCUUUUCCUCAACACCUAUUCUCCUUUUUCUCAAACAUUUCGAUACUUUGAUCAGAUCCGAAACAUUCAUCAUCUACAAAUCCAUGACGCUCGCCUCUGCAGGAUCCAGUGUCGUCGUACCAAGGAACUUCAGAUUGCUGGAGGAACUUGAAAGGGGAGAAAAAGGAAUUGGAGAUGGCACAGUCAGCUAUGGAAUGGACGAUGGUGAUGACAUUUACAUGCGCUCUUGGACUGGCACCAUUAUUGGCCCCCGCAAUACUGUGCAUGAAGGAAGAAUUUAUCAGUUGAAGCUGUUUUGUGAUAAAGACUACCCAGAAAAGCCCCCAAGUGUUCGGUUUCAUUCACGGAUCAAUAUGGCUUGUGUUAAUCAUGAAACUGGAGUGGUUGAAUCAAAGAAAUUUGGUCUUCUUGGAAAUUGGCAACGAGGGUUUACCAUGGAGGAUAUACUGACCCAGCUGAAGAAGGAAAUGGCGGCUUCUCAAAAUCGCAAGCUUGUCCAGCCUCCAGAAGGUACCUAUUUCUAGUCUCCAAGAUCAUACGGAUGCUGGAUCAUAUUGCAUAUGCAGUAUGCAAUAGAUAGCAUCUAAUAUUGUGUAGAUCCUUCUAUAUUCAAGAAUUAUAGAGGAAUGCCCGAAAGAGCUCCAUCUUCGCCUCCAUGGCUUUAGAGUUGUUUUGAUGUCUUACGUUGACAACUGUAACUGUGUUUAACGGAUGCUUUCUGAUUGAUGCCAAAUAUUGAAAGCUACUCUUAAAGUAGUAUUCUUUUCUAAUUGUAACAAUGCUUUCGAUU